AUGUCCUUCAACCUGAUUGGACAGUUGGAUAAAGGCACAAGAUCAAAACUGGAUUUGUCAUUUGAAAAGAACAACCUCAAACUUAUUUUCAAAGGGAACACCUUUUCGUGUAGCUGUGAAAAUCUGGACUUCAUUCUUUGGUUGGUGGAUACACCUGUCAUUUACGAGACUGACAGGAACUUCCCUUGCAUUCUGGAUAAUGGCACAAUGACAGGAACUGUGGAUGUGGCACAACAUCAUGAAAGAUUGUUUCACUACUGUACAGGCAAACUGAUGCUUAGCAUCACAGUUACAUUAAUGGUUGUAAUGUUUACUUCAAUUAUUGCAGUAUACAUAGUCUCCAACAAUCCAGUGCGAUAUCGUAAUGCUUUGCUGAAACUAUUUGGGUUGGGCAUCCAAUAUUUAACAGCCAAAGAUUUUGAUUUCACCUUCUUUGUCGCGUAUUGUGAGGCUGACAUUCCUUUCGUCUAUCGGAAAGUACGACCAGAGCUGGAACUGUGUAAUCAGCCUGUGCGUCUGUUUCUGAAGGAUCGGGAUGUUCUUCCAGGUGUUCCUAUCGCCGACGGUAUUAUUUGCGGUAUCACUAACAGUUGGAAGUCUGUUCUGGUGAUUUCAGAUGACUUCCUUCAAGAUUGUUCUCAGUGGUCCCAAUUUACCAUUGAUGCAGCACUUUACUCGGUAACGGAUCUGAUUCCUAACCGGAUCAUUGUGCUACUUGUGGGCCCCGUACAGGUGGAGGACCUGCCUGAGCGUCUGCUGAAUGUUGUAGAGGAGAAAUGCAUAUUGCGUGCAGAGGAUUACCAGGACGACGGAGACGGGACUCUGUGGAAGGAUCUCAGAUAAACCGCUGGAAUCUAACGUGUUGAAAGUUAUUAAUAAGACGUUGAUGACAAUUGAUAAUUGUGAACAUAUCUACCAUUGUUAGUCUGGAACAAUCACCGAGCAACUGAAAUCCGUGGCAACAACAGGUGGACUAAAUACAGUUCAUAAUCAUAGGAAACAUCCAUUUCCACUUCCACGAUUAUAGACCGACGUCUUAUGUAAGUGAUUAAUGUGAUCCGCGUCUUGAGAUUAAUGUCGAUUUAUGAUGUCAGUUGAUAGAAAGUAUCUGUUUGUUUCAGCUUUAGAUGUACAUGUGUAUAGCAAUGUCCCGGUACAUUUACUCUACCAAAUAUCCUUUGUACAUCUGUAACCAACUAUGUUGACAGAAAAUACGCAUAUAUUUUAUCACUUCAUUCUAGCGUCGCAUGGUCUCCUAUGAAACAUGUAGUCCUACAUGCGUUUUCCUAUAACAUAUCGACAGUGGGUUGCUGGAAGACACGUACUGUAAACGUCAAAUGUGAUGAUAGGUAUGGAUAUGCAUGAUCUGCAAAUUUAAUAAUGAUAAGAAAUGUUCAUUUUCAUUUUCAUGAUUAUAGGUCAACGUCACAAUUAAAUUCUAGAAACCCCAAAGUCCAGAAACUCUCCCCACACUGUGGCCAGUUUCUGGCAAAGGAGUUCACAAUGUUCAUUCCCAUUUUCAUUUGACCAAGAUUGUAUUCAAGUGAUAACAGUGAUGGACCUCUUAAGAUUCCUGUCGAUUUAGUAUAUCAGUUGAUAUAAAGAAACCGCUUGUUUCCCACAACUAUUCUUUAUCAGUUAUAGAUGUACAUAUGUACAACAACAUUUUCCUGUAUAUUGGUUUGGGGUUCUUUGUUUUCAUGCACAAAAUGCACGUCAGUUCGUUGAGUAUAUUUUCCAUGUUUAUUGUCACCAUUCAUAUCUAAUACUUAUCUGUGUGCCUUUAAUGUAGAAAAGAAUAAUCCUUUCCAAUA